AUGGCGGGCGUGGCUACCGCUUAUUCCUCAGAUGCGUUGACAUCUGGAGCAGCCCCAGAGAGUUCAUCGCAAUGGGAUUUCGCUGUCCCAAUUGGUAAUGAUGGCGCUCAACAUUCCUCGCGACCACGAAACUCCCACGAAUCGGGCCCUCGUGCAAGAUCUACCCGCAAACGCAAUUCGGACGGCUCGCGAAGUUCCUCCGUCUCCCGCAAUGUCCACGCACACGAAUCCCCUUACCUAUCAUCCAGUCGAGGUCGACGAGAACAAAGCUUGAAUCGCCAUGGAAACGAUAUUAAUAUCCAACGCGAUGCCUCCGACCCUGAAGUACCCGCUCAAGCCUCUACGGAUGACCAAACCGGACCACCUGGACCCCCUGGACCCCCUGGACCCCCCGGCCCGUUCGAAAUGAACGCCGAAAAUUGGAUUCAUCGCGACAAGUUGGCAAAAAUCGAGAGCGAGGAGCUACACCAGGCGGCCAUAAUCUUUCAGCGACGGAUGAGAGGGGAGAGCAAGUCAAGCGCGGGCCGUGAAAGGAGCCAUGACUCCCAUCAAAGUGCUUCGGCAUCUGUAACAUCACCGAGUGCAGAACAUUCCGAACCGUGGCCACAAUUGCAAGAGGGAACUCAAAAUGAACGACGGGGAUCUGAAGAUGACGAACGGAGGAAUUGGGAUCUUCGUCGACCUGAAGAGAUUGCUGCGGACGAAGCGGCUGCUAGCUUUUAUGGUAAUCCGAGUCUUCGCAAGAGCUCGUCUCGAAUCCCAAUUUCUACAGCCAGUCCUGUGCCUGCUUUCUAUGGUCGAGAUUCUCAGGGACCUCGCAGCCGUGCGGCAACUGACGAAGACGAAGAAAGUCGCGGGCGCAGAGCUAGCGAGCCUCUCGCAACUGAGAUGGAACCAUCUACUCCUUCUCCAGGCAGCCGACCUGGCAGUCGUGGCUUCAAUACCACCCAGAACACCCCGGCCAAAAAGAACCCGACCAAAGCUACGGGCUCGAGCAAUCGGAAAACCUCUGCACCCCCAGCAAACCGAAAAACUUCCACCGCAAGAUCAAGAGCAGUGUCAGGCAACGCGACACAACGACCUACCACUCGGUCGGGAGAGAGCCGGCCUCCAACUGCAAUCAAUCGACCAGAGGGAGAUCCGCCAUGGCUGGCAACUAUGUAUAAGCCCGACCCCCGACUUCCGCCCGAUCAACAAAUGCUUCCUACUCUCGCCAAGAAGAUGCAACAGCAACAAUGGGAGAAAGAAGGACGAACUCCUAACACUUAUGAUCGCGAUUUUGCUCCACUGGCUGUUUACCCCAAUGAUAUCCCUCCGGUACCACCCAAGGCAGAGGAGGCAGAGAAACGCGAAGAGCGCUUUGAAGGAUUACAGAUCGAAGAGCCGCCCAAGGCCAGGACUCCGGAACCCCCGCGGCCCAACACAAGCACUGGGUAUAGUACAAUGCCCAAAGUGCAAGACACCCCCCCAUUGGGCCUGACACCAAACCCAAAUUGGACACCUCCCGUGGUCUCUGCUCAAGAGAAACCGAAGAAGGAGAAGGGCUGUGGAUGCUGUGUCGUGAUGUGA